ACUUAAGAGAAUAACAGAAUUCCACUCAAGUUUGCCAUUCGAUUCCAGUUCUGUAAAGCGAACAGGAAUGGAUUCUUUUUUUCGGUCUCUUUUUUCUUUAAAAAAAAAAAAAGGAACGAAAAGUUAUUGGGUGAAAAAAUCAAACAGAACCAAAAAAAGGAAAAAAAAAAGGGCAAUCUGUAAAUGAAAUAUCCGGUGUGCUUCUUAGAUAGAAACUUUGAUCAGGUUUGUGUGAGGCACGUUGUCUGUCCGUCUGCCUCUCUGUCUGUCUUCCAGAUGACUCUGGAUCAAUCUCACCAACUGCAAGUACGAAAGCGUGCGUCGUGCGGCCAGGCGGUAUGGACUGAGGGAGGCGGGGGACAAUGACGAGUGGACAGUGUACUGGACAGACUGCUCUGUCUCGCUGGACCGCGUCAUGGACAUGAAACGCUACCAGAAAAUCAACCACUUCCCGGGAAUGAGUGAAAUCUGCAGGAAGGACCUGCUGGCCAGGAACAUGAACCGGAUGAGGAAGCUCUUCCCAAAGGAAUACAACAUCUUCCCUCGGACCUGGUGCCUGCCAGCCGAUUACAACGACUUCUCAGCCUACAGCCGAGCCAAGAAGCACAAGACCUACAUCUGCAAGCCGGACUCGGGGUGCCAGGGCCGGGGAAUCUUCCUCACCAAAUCCACGAGAGACAUCCGUCCUGGAGAGGACAUGAUCUGCCAGGUGUACAUCUCCAAGCCGUUCAUCAUCGACAGCUUCAAGUUCGAUUUGAGGAUCUACGUGCUCGUGACCUCCUGCGACCCCUUCAGAAUCUUUGUCCACAGCGAAGGGCUCGCCCGUUUCUGCACGACCAAGUACUGCGACCCCAGCCACAGCAACGUGGAUAAUGUCUGCAUGCACCUGACCAACUACGCCAUCAACAAGCACAGCGACAACUUUGUGCGCAAUGAUGACACUGGCAGCAAGAGGAAACUGUCCACCUUCAACAAGCACAUGGAGUCUCUGCUCCAGGACCCUGUGAAGAUGUGGAUGGACAUCGAUGAUGUGAUCAUCAAGACUCUGAUCUCUGCCCACCCCGUCCUCAAGCACAACUACCACACCUGCUUCCCGAACCACGCGACUGGCCACGCCUGCUUCGAGAUCCUGGGCUUCGAUGUUCUGCUGGACCGGCGGCUCAAACCCUGGCUGCUGGAGGUGAAUCACUCACCCAGCUUCACCACCGACUCGCAGCUGGACCGGGAGGUGAAGGAUGCGCUGCUCUUCGACACGCUGUCCCUCAUCAACCUGGGAGCCUGCGACCGCAGGAGAGCGCAGGAGGAGGAGAGGCGCAGGGUGCAGGAGAGGCUGCUGCAACAGAGCCGAUCACGAGAGGACAGGAACGAGGAGCUGAAGCAGUCGCAGGCUGCCUGGCUGCAGCACAUGGAGAGGUACGAGGCGGCCCACCUGGGGGGCUUCCGCAAGAUCUACCCCUGCGAGGACUCGGAGAAAUACGACAAGUACUUCAAACACAGCGGCUCCCUGUUCCAGGAGACCGCGGCCUCCAGAGCACGAGAGGAGUGUGCCAGGCAGCAGCUGCAGGAGCUCCGUGUGAAGCAGGAGCAGAAGGAGGUUCUGCAGAAGAGCCGGAGGUCCGACCUGCAGGGGGAGUCUGCCGGGGAGAGGGCCAAGCCCUGGAAAGCGGCCCGUCGGGCAGGCAGGGAGAGGGGCAGCUCGAGGUCCUCGUCCUCGCUCUGCGGCAAGCGCACGGCCGGGCUAGUGCAGGGGAUACCCCUGACGCAGACCCUCGGGGUCCCUGAGGAGGAGGAGGAGGGGGAGAUGGAGAGGAUGAGCGCCAUGCUGCGGAGGGAGGCUCUCCUGAGGGAGAUGGGGGUGGUGGAGCAGGUCUACCGGCUCCUGCAGGGGACCCCGAACGCUGACAUCCAGGACGACAGGAACAUCGUGGGCCACGGCAACCUGACAGAGCUCCGAGGACACAGGAACAGCGGGGGGGCCACGUUGGGUCCCAUAGGGGGGCUGGGUCCCUGGAAGCCUGUCCCCCAGAUUCACCUCCAGCUCCCAGGGAGCUCUCCCGCAGACACGGCCCCCGCGGGGCCAGAGCCAGGGGUCUGUCUGCACCUCUCCCGCUCGCAGCUGCUGCUGAGGGGGGUCCCAGGGCUGGGGGUGGCAGGGGAGCUGCUGGAAAACGAGACGAAGCCCCCAGUGUACAGCGAGUCUGCAGGGGCCCUGAGGCACAGAGCAGAGGUGGGGCUGGAGCCUGGCAGGCAGGCUGAGGAGAAGAGGAGAGCCAGUAGCGCCCAACGCAUUCCCAGAACAAUCAGCGCCUCGCUCGGCGGUCAGAGAGGGAGGCUGGUCGGUUUGGGCUCUGCCUGCUUGGAGCAGUGUGUGGGGUUCAGGUCCACAAAGCCACAGGAGCCCCGCUGGAGCCUGUACCCCAGCAAGCACCCUGACACCCUCUCUGUGCAGGGGCUCCUGGUCAUCUCCUCCCCUGCCACCCUCAGCAGGAGGCCAGGCUGCAGCCCCCGACCCAGGACGGCAGCCAGAAGCCAGCCACUCCCAGAUCAGCAGGGAAUAACCAGGAGACCCCCCCCUACAAUCAUACCCAAUAACAACGGACAAAAUAUGACAUGAAUUAUUUAUAUCAAUGUUAUGUAUUUUAUUGCAGUGGGUUAUAUAAUAAUAAAUACAAUACUAAAACACACACAAAGGGGGAAAAAUUACAAAGAAUAAUCAUUUGAAAAUCAAGUUACAUUUUUUAGAUAACUUCUAAAGACACUU